AUGGCACAGUGGUGCAGACUCCUGCCGCUUCUCCUCGCAGCGGCGUCGGUCGUCGCUGAUGUGAGCAGUGCGGACACUGUGGUCGCCAACAAAUGCUCUCUGGAAGCGCAGCAGUUUUCGGUUGUGGUGGCGACGAGCGCGCCGCUCGGCCUGCGGCUGAGCGACAAGCUGGAAGUGCUGGAGUUUGUUGCGGACUCUGAGGGUCGGGGUCGAGCGGUGGAGGCCUCUGGGUUGGCGGAGAUCGGCGACCGCUUGAUCGCUGUCAACGACGUGUCGCUCGAGGGUGUUGCGCUGCAAAAGGCUGUCGGAGAGCUGCAAGCGGCGGCGUUACCGCGCACCCUGCGCUUCCAGACUCACGACGGUCGCUGCAUCCAACCCCCGCCGACGGCUAUCAAGGAAAGCGUUAUUGAAGCAGCAACCGCGUCGGCAUUUACUUACGAUCCCAGCAAUGAAGAGACCUUUGACUACGUGGUGGCAAGUGUCGGCGACAAAACAACGGAGCUCAAGCUCUACGCUGUGUUGUCUUCAGAUGGCUCACCACCGAGUUGUGCCUUCCGAGAGCUGGUAUUAGCUCGACCUUUCGAUGGGUGCUCCCCACUCUCGAUCAAUGUCACAGACAAGUACGUGCUUGUACCGAGCGUAUUCGGCUGCCCGAUGCACCAGAAGGCUGCAAUCGCGGACGAAGCUGGAGCCAAGGGCGUUGUGUUUGUUCAGCGAGUGGGUGAAAAACCCAUGCGCGUGCGAAUUCCUCCUGCGUCGUCAUUGCCGCAUCCGAUCAACAUCCCGUUGGUCAUGGUAUCUACAGAUUCUGGAGCACGCUUGCUAGAGCAAAUGGUUGCAGUUCGCCCCGGUGAAAGCCAACAGCUACGCUUCGUAUUCAGCGCAGCAUGCGCAGUUGAUCGAUUCGCGGUGCACCCAGGCGAGAGUGAUCCUUUGCGUCGAUCUGCAGCGUUCCUCAUCGAAGAUGCGAGCGCUGGUUUUCUAUCCAUUUCCGUGGCAACUUCAGCGGAAACGGAAUUGGUUGCGGAUACAUACGAGUUUAUCAAGCCUGCAGAUUACAGCGCAACAGGAAGUAGUACUGGGGUAAAUCUCCCUAUUGGCAGACACGACCUUAUCUUUCCGGACCCUCAAGCGUCCAACCCGUGCGAGACAGACCCCAUGCGAAUCUCGCAAAAUGCUCGCUUGCGUCAAGGGAUAACGACGGACACUUUCAUUGCCGUCAGAUUGCGAGAUCCCAAAAGCUCUCGCGGAUGCUCGUUAGUGCGGCAGUUGGCAUUCUUCGAUUCGAUUCGCCCAGCAGGAAUCAUUAUGGGCGAUCAACGAUUUCCACAUGCAGCUAGCUCACUAGCUGCUGCAGUUGCGGUUCAGCAGACUUCGAUUCCGGUCGUGUUCAUCUCCAUGAGCGCAUUCCGAACAAUUAGACGAAAAUUGAAAGAGAUUCAAGACAAUGCCGAAAUCAAUGAUGGGGAGGACAGCAACACGCACAUUCACGUCGAGUUCAGCGGUGAAAAUGCAUUGGAGCACCAGUGGAAGGAGCUCGCGAGUCUUGCAGUGGAAUCAAAUUGGCCGACAAGCGAAGCUGCUCGAGACCGACUGUUUCAUCGAAUGCUGAAGGAUCAAACUACCUUGGACGACCACGACCUACAGCUUUCUCUUGUGAAGAACGAGCGCUACGAGGCGCUAGUUGCAGCAUAUUGGAACGCACAGCGUUAUUACAAUACUCGCACGGACGAUGGGUCCAAGAGUGACCAGGAAGAACGUGGAAGCGAACGUGAAGACGAACGAUAG